AUGCCAAUCAAUGCUCGACGGAAAAAAAAUGGAGUAACUGUUGCUGGUAGUCAAGGAGGAGGCAAGGCCACUAAUCAACUAUUCUCUCCUUAUGGUUUCUUCGUUGAUGAUGAUCAAACGAUAAUCAUUGCUGACCAUCAAAAUGCUCGUAUCAUCCAAUGGAAGAUAGGUGAUACGAAUCAACAAGUUGUAGCUGGUGGAAAUGGUGACGGAAAUCGAUUGGAUCAAUUGUAUUGUCCAACUGACGUGUUAUUCGAUAAAAAGACGGAUAGUCUCAUUAUUUGUGAUCUAGGGAAUCGACGAGUUGUACGAUGGUCUCGGCGUAGUGGCGCAACUCAAGGAGAAAUUCUCAUCGACAAUAUCGAUUGUUGGGGAUUGUUCCUGGAUCAUCAGAGAUAUCUCUACAUCUCUGACGUCGGCAAAGAUGAAGUUAGACGAUAUAAAAUAGGAGACAAGAAAGGAACUCUCGUUGCUGGUGGCAAUGGCAAUGGUGAUGGUCUCAAUCAACUCAAUUCUCCGACCUACAUCUUUGUCGAUCAAGAACAGUCUGUCUACGUGUCAGACCGCAAAAAUGAACGAGUAAUGAAAUGGAAUAAAGAUGCAAAACAAGGAAUUAUCGUUGCUGGAAGUCAAGGUGAAGGGGAUGCUCUGACGCAAUUGUUGACUCCUGAAGGACUGUUCGUCGAUACGUUGGGUACCAUGUAUGUGGCAGAUCAUGGAAAUCAUCGAGUGAUGCGUUGGCCUAAAGGAGCGAAACAAGGCACUGUCAUUGUGGGUAGAAAUGAUGAAGGAAAAGGAACGAAUUAG